AGAGUGGUGGCAGUCGCGGAACAGUGAGCAGCAGCACAGCCGGCGCACCGCACCUCCGCGACCGACGGCCAACUGCGCAUCACCCCAGCCGCACAACUCCACACCGCCCCCCGCUCUCACGUUCGUACACACGCACACACCUGCUGCGACGAUGACGCCGGUGCGGUCGGCCGUGCAGUGAGGAAGCGACCGCAGCUGCCGCCGUUAGCGUGGGCGCCCGGCUCGUGCCACGGUUUCUCGCCCGCCCGCCGUUCCCGAGGCGCGCGCAGCCCAGACAGAGCGAGCAGCAGGCAGCAGCCGCCACACAGUAGCCGACCGGAGCCGGAGCGAGGCCAGGCGGAGGCGCGUGUUCUGUUCGCGAGUAGCUCUAUGCCUGCAGCCAGCCUGCUGCCCUACCUGCCGGUGACGCUGAGCUCGCGCUCCCCGACCGUUCCCAUGCUGGCCAUGUCGACGCUCAUGAUGCCGGCGGGCCCCGCCGCCGCCGCCACGGUGCCGCUGCCCCCGGUGGCGCCGCACCAGCCCGUGUCGCAGCCCAAGUUCCCGGCCGAGGCCAACGGCAAGCUGCCGCCCCCGCUCAACCACGCGACGGCCGCCGCCGCCGCCGCAGCCGCCGCUGCGGCCGCCGCCUCCGCGUCGUCCGCCGCGUCGGCCAACAAGUCAGAGCACUACCACAUAUUCGUCGGCGACCUGAGUCCAGAAAUAGAGACACAGACGCUUAGAGAAGCCUUCGCCCCUUUCGGUGAAAUUUCGGACUGUAGAGUAGUGAGGGAUCCGCAGACACUGAAAUCCAAAGGAUAUGGCUUCGUCUCUUUCGUCAAGAAGGCGGAAGCGGAGAGCGCGAUCGCAGCGAUGAACGGCCAGUGGCUGGGAAGCCGCAGCAUCCGAACCAACUGGGCGACCAGGAAGCCGCCGGCCCCCAAGAACGAAGUGAACACGAAGCCGCUGACGUUCGACGAGGUGUACAACCAGUCCAGCCCCACCAACUGCACCGUCUACUGCGGGGGCCUCACCAACGGCCUCACCGAGGAGCUAAUGCAGAAGACUUUCUCGCCCUUCGGAAACAUACAGGAGAUACGCGUCUUCAAAGACAAAGGAUACGCCUUCGUGAGGUUCUCCACCAAAGAGUCGGCUACGCACGCCAUCGUGGCCGUGCACAACACGGACAUCAAUGGGCAGACCGUCAAAUGCUCCUGGGGGAAGGAGUCGGGUGACCCAAACAACGCACAGGCAGCAGGACAGCCGCUGACGGGAGCGCAGUAUCCGUACGCUUACGGGCAGCAGAUGGGGUACUGGUACCCCCAGAGCUACCCCACCACCGCCGCCACCGCCGCCGCCGCGCAGAUGCAGGGCCAGUUCCUGCAGGGCAUGCAGGGAUACACCUACGGCCAGUUCGGAUACCAACAAGGCUACAUGGGGAUGGGCAUGCAGCUGCCAGCCGCCUGGCAGGGCAUGCCGGGCCAGCCGCAGAUCCCGGCGGCGGCGCAGCAGAUGGCGGCGGCGGCUCAGGGCGCGGCCAUGCAGCAGCCGGCCGGCAUGAUGGCCUACCCUAUGCAGCAGUUCCAGUUGGCAGACGACGAUUGGCUAGCUCCCAGUCUCCUGGUCUGAUGGUAAGACGGCCAGGCCGCGAGCGACGAGUGUGAGUAGAGAGAGUGGUCGUGGUGGUCGUGGUGGUGGUGGUGGUGGUGGCGGUGGUGGUGACGAUGACCCGCUGGGCUCGAGAGCGCGCCCUCGCCGCUCUGCCCGACCCCUGCAAACAGCCAAAACUCUUGCAUGCUAAUUCUUCACUUCAAUUUCUGUUCUGUUCUCAAACAACAAAAAAAAACAACAACUACUAUUACAACAAAAACACUUAGAAAUAAAAGUAACAAGAAUACACAUUUGUAGAAAAAAAAACUGUGCAGUUCUUUUUUUUUUUAAUUAUAUAUAUAUAUAUAGGAGCUUAUGAGGUGUUGGGGCAAAACUUGACAAAAGUUAUAAAUCAGAAGAUUGCCUGAAUCAGUCUCAUAAUGCUGAAUGUAGGUUGUGUUUCGACACAUGAGCAAACAUUUUCAAACACGAACAUAAAUACUGAGUGAAAAUGGAGUCUGUCAUACUUGAGAAUACUACAUAGAUAUAAUUUAGGGAAAAUGAACCUGACUUGUGUGAAACAGAAAGAAUCUAAAAUUUGGGGUGGGGCUUAUUUUCAUAGUACCGAGAAGUGUGGAUAACAUGGUUCAUGUGUACUUGUUAAAUGAUAAGAAAAUAUAAGGGUCAUCCCUUAUAAUAUGUACAAAGUUCAGUGUAGCUAGCAGAGACAGAAAAUACCCUUAUGUAGAUUGUAGAUAUUCACACCUUAGGUCAUAAAACAAUGGGAGUGUCAGGAAGAAUUAACAUUCUCUCCUGAAGGUCGGUUAUUGAUGAUUAUAAGAGGAAAAUACCAAAAAAGAUAGAAAUGAGGUAACCAUGCUAGUUAUUUAGACUAGAUUUUAAAUGUAGUGUCGAUAAAUAGGAAUAUGUAACCCAAUGUUAAAACUGUAUCCGCCGUGAAAACCAAAAUAAUCGCAUAGUAAGUUGGCUGAGGUGUCUAAUCCACUGUACACAGAGGGAAUUUUAUAUAUAUUUAAGAAAGAUAACCACUGAAAUAAUAAUAUAUAUUAUAUAACGUGAAAGACGGACAGUAGGAGUAAACUUAGAUAAAAAUUAGUGUUGUUUGUAGGAUGCCAUUUAAGAAAUCGGCAUAGUGAAAAACAUAGUGCUAGUAUUCGUAGCUUUUGGAAUGGUUUGUAUAUACGUGAGGAUAGUGUUGUUAAUUCCUUCUGCUUGUUUCAGAUUUGACACCUCAGCUGAAAAAAAAAAUAUAUUGUAGUAGGCAUAACAAAUUAUAUGUAUGUGACCUUCCCUUUUCUCCCCACUCCUUUACCCCUUUUUUGUUGGUCACUGCAAAACACUUGACUCAAUGUCUUGCGGCAUUCAUCAUUAGCAAAAUUUAAAGCCAGUGAUAAGCAGCUCCUCUUUCCCUGCUGGGAAAUGAAAGACUGAUAUCAGAUGCAAAGAUUUUUAAAUAUAAUGCGAAAAAAUUACAAUAUGAAUUACAGUUUUUGCUGUUUGUAUUUGCAGUUUAUUAAUUAGAGCAACAGAUCGUCGAAACAAUUACUGGAAAUAAUGUUUUUAGUGAGACGAUAUCGCAGGGCAGUGUUCAACUUUUUUGCAGUGUGUUCUUCCUAUAACACCACCAAUAUCAUCACAUUAGCCACUGGGCUUGUGCAAAUCAUUUACAGAACGUUGUUUAAUCUUAGGCAUGGCAACCUAUUUGAAAGAAAAGACAGGUUUAAUCAACAGCAUCACAGUAUAAAUAUGCACAUGUUGUUGAAAGAUACAAGCAUGUUGCCACUGUAUCCUUACACAACAACACAUUACUCAAAAAGAGUGAGAUUGGCUUCCAUCUCACCUGCAUAAAAAUGUUAAUGUAACUGGAAAUAUUUUGACUUGUGAAUGAAGUGGUUCAUAGUUUAAAUGACGAAACAAGCACAGCAGUCAUAUAAUUUUAUAUAAAGGUGUAAUUAGAAUAUAGCAAGGUUUGCUGUUUCUUAUUUUUAAAAGAAAUUCGAACGGAGAUUUAUUACUACACGCAUUAUUGCAAAUGGUGUUUUCAUUCAAUUUUGAAAUUUUAAGAAAAGAUAUAUAAAGAAUUUAAUUUACUAUCAGAUCCUACUUAGUUACACAAUGAUAGAUUUAUAAAUACUAACUUUAUUGCAAGUUAAAAAAGCAAAGCUCCAAUUUGAUAUAUUUGCAAAUAUUUUGUAAUAAUUAGUUUUUCAUUUUGUACAAAGUGACUAUUUUUGUUAAAUAUUUAAAUCAAAUAAACUUAAGAGUUUUAGGAAAGGAAAUAUACAUGAACACUACAAAUAUUUGCAAGACAUUAAAUGGAGAGUUAGAAGAUUUUGAAUUAUUUUAUAAAGAUAUUCACCAGAUGUUGCCCUAUGCCCAUAGUGGUGAUUUGACAUGUUAUGUAUUCUCUCCCCCCCUUAAACCCACUCCUUGUUCCCUAGAGAUGUUGCUUGGUAAUAUCAGGUUGUUUCUUCAAAUGACACUUUGUUUCCAACAUGUUGGUGUUUAGUGUUAAGUUGCUUAAUGUGUAUCAGUAAAUACAUUGCAAUUUUUAAAGAAAAAAUUGCUUAUAUCAUGAAAGUUAUCAAUUUAAAAUAGCCUAAACGUGGUGCCAUGAAUGGUGGAGAAUAUUUUGUACUCUGUGAGUGGAAGUGAAGUGUUUUGAUACAAGAUUUAAAGAAAAACACAAAAAAAUCCGACAAGUAUUAAUAUUGGAAUCGCUUAAUUUGACAUAAUGUGAACUGUCGUUGAGAUUAUGUUGUUUGUAAGACACAGUAAUUUGCACACUAGAUGUAGUUGCACUCAAAAUAGCAAAUGUGUGUGUGUAUUUGUUUUCUAUGUGAUGGAAGGAAGCCACGUGAAUGUAAAUAAAUGUGAAAAUAUGUGAAAUUUCCCUUCGUGUAUUUCCUACAGAUAAAUAGGUGAAAAGAUGCAGCUAGACAUAAUUUAUCACACGUAAAUGAACCGUUAUCAAUUGAAGUUGCAACGAACUAUAAUGUAAGCCAUCGAGCUGUGAAUGUCACAAGCCAUAGUAUAUUAUUAAAAGCAUGUUCAAUGAUAAUGUGAAAGCACUGUAAUUUAUUUUUUGUGGGGGGAGGGAGGGAAACAAAAAGAGCUUCCAGUCAUAAGUAUGAUUCUCUAUAUUUUUGGUAUAGUGUGUUCCGGAAGAAGAUUGGAAGUAUUUCGAAUAAGAGAGAACUAUAAGUCGAUCAUCCUAACGGUAGCACGAACUUACAUCAUAUUCGCUGAGUGAAUAAACUAAUGUAAUUGCUGAAUAGAUGAGUCAGUUUUUGACUGUUUCCACCUGCUGGAAGAAGAAUGACUGCAGCGUACAUACUGCUCUGGAGCUUUUGAGGUUUUUUUUUCUCGCAACGCUGAAGCUAACAACAUCUUCAGUGACACGUUUCUCCUGCCAGCUACGCUCAGUGCGCAUUAGAGUUGUGUGAAGGUCACAAUGAUCUGACGAUGGAAAAAUGUCAAAUCAUAUCAGAAGUGUAGCCUUGAGUAAAUUAAUGACAUAUUUUUGACGGAAGGAGAAAUGUAAGCGUGAAUGUUGAAGGGUCUGUACUUUCGCUCGUAUACGGUUUGCGCUGGGCAGUAGCAACCAGGAGAAAUCUGUCUACAGGAGAUGUUGUCAUGGGUAGAAUAUCAUGACUGAUGCAGAAAGCAAUCUAGCAAAUGAGAUCAACCUAGGACCUCGCCCUCCUCACACACACACACACUCACCCCUGUACUCUGUGUAGCAAGUGUUUUAUACCAGCAACAAAAGUAACAUGUAAUGAAUAGUCCCAUAUGCUGGGGGUGAAAAAUGGUAUGUUAAAUAUAACCUAAGAAGUGAACCAAAAUGUAGAUAGCCUGAAACGAAUACCUAGAUUGGUAGUGGAGAAUGGAAUUGAGAAUAAAGAAAGUUAUAAUAAAA